UCAGCCCCGGCAAGAUGGCGGCCCCCAUGGAGCUCAGCUGCUGGGGAGGAGGCUGGGGGCUCCCUUCGGUCCACAGCGAGUCCCUGGUGGUGCUGGCUUAUGCCAAAUUUUCUGGCGCACCCUUGAAAGUCACUAUUAUAGAUAGCACCUGGAGAGGUUCAAGAGGUGAUGUACCAAUUUUGACAACAGAAGACAGCAUUGUUUCUAAGCCUGCAAACAUUCUAAACUUUUUAAGAAAACAGAACUAUGAUGCUGAUUGUGAGCUCUCAGCAAAACAAGGGGCGGACACGCUGGCUUACACUGCUCUCCUGGAAGAGAAGCUCCUCCCUGCUGUGCUUCACACCUUCUGGGUUGAGAAUGAUAAUUACUUCACCGUGACAAAGCCGUGGUUUGCCUCUCGCAUCCCUUUUCCUCUGAGUUUGAUCCUGCCCGGAAGGAUGUCUAGAGAAGCCCUGAAUAGGAUUCUCUUGACAAGGGGAAAACCUCCCCUCUACCAUGUCCAAGAAGUGGAAGCACAGAUAUACAGAGAUGCCAAGGAGUGCCUAAAUCUCCUAUCAAACAGAUUGGGAACAUCUCAGUUUUUCUUUGGUGACACGCCUUCCACCUUGGACGCCUAUGUGUUCGGUUUCCUCGCGCCUCUUUAUAAAGUGCAUUUCCCCAGAGUUCACUUGCAAAAGCAUCUGAAACAGCUCUCCAACCUGUGCCGCCUCUGUGAUGACAUCCUGGACAGUUACUUUAGGCACGGUCCUGGAGGCAUCUCUCCAGCUGGACAAGAAAUGGUAGACGCAAACCUGCAGAAACUCACACAGCUUGUAAAUAAGGAGUCCAACUUAAUUGAGAAGAUGGAUGGUAACCUUCGCCAAAGCCCUCAGCUUCUGCCUCGCAAGCUGCCGACCCUCAAACUGACUCCAGCAGAAGAAGAGAGUAAUUCCCUGCAGCUGCUGUCACCCUGACAGUCACAGCCAGCCGCAGCCAUUCUUAGGAUUGUUGCAGUAAUCGCUGAUGCCGAGUGUGGAGACCCAAAGAACAGUGUAAUGGAUUGAAGACUAAAGCAGAGGGAGCUGGGUGUGACUUUCGUUUUAAUUUAGGAAAGCUAUUAUUGUAGCUUGGCAGUGCAUUUUAAAUUAAGGUGAAUGCGAAAUGAACUGGGCGGGCGGGUGGGCAGGGUGAGCACGUGGCACUGUAUAUAAAAUCCCGCCUUAGCCGAGGCAGAGCUUUGCUGUUGGUUUAGGUGUUGCUGACCAAAAGCUGCAAAUCUGUUCUGAAUGUGCACUUUUAAUUUAUUUAAGUUAAUUUAUUAACUUAGACUCGUCUCAGUACAUAAUAUGUGAUUUUUGGCUGAGACCUUAUUCUUCAUUUUAGAAGUCUGAUGCCAGUUUUAGGAACCAGGAAAAAAAAAUAGAAAUUAUUUCAAUAGAAAAGCCUGUAUUUAAUUUUGAAAAGCAAUGAGGAAUAUACUUAAUUAUUCUCUCAUAAGUCUGUUCCUUUGGCAGUUUAGCACCACGUAUGCAAAUGUUAAAGGUGGUUUAUAUAAUACCCCGAUAAUGCGCACAUGCACGCACGCACGCACACACGCACACACGCCAGUAGUACUUGCUGAUAGGUUUGCUCCAAGCUAGCAAAGGUGAUCAUGGCAGCCUUAGACCUGUAUGUUGUAGUACACUGUUACCUACUUGUCUCAUUCUUCUGUCAGCUCCAGACUGGGAGUCGGGUUUGUCUUACUGAACUGUAUUGUGCUCCGUUAUCUGUAGUCCCCUUGAGAUGAGCUGUGGCGAGAGUCCUAAUCUGCUUCCGGGUCAGGUCUCAGCGCUCCAUUUGACCCCAAGCAGGCUGUUUCAGGAUGAGCAUAUCAUGUAGUCAUACUCUCUGACAAACUUUCAUUUCCUCUGUAUUUUUAAUUACAGUUGAAGGAUCCAAAGGAAUGAGGUUUCUAAGACGAUUUACAGUUACUAGCUAUGAAUAAGCCAUUGAAGGAUUUGCUGUGUGGUAAUUUUACAUUUAAUAGAAACUUGCUGAUUUUAGUGGCCGAGGUACUUCUGUUAUUGUAAAACUACUUCUGGGAUUUUUUAAAAUAGGACCAUGUUUGGGAUUAGGGUCUUACAAGAUUACCAUGGUGCUCAGAAAAUGUUCCCGGCUGCUGUGAGCAGAGCGGAGCUCAGCUGCGUGUGACCCGCAUUGCUCCUGUUUGCUCUGUGUUUUGGUAGAUGUAAGUCUUAGGUCACAGUAAAGACUCACUCCUGAAAGCUUUAAAGGAGACGAGGUAAUCCUCAGAGUCUUGUCCACCUCUUUGAGUACAUUUGCAUUUAGGACAAGUACUGAAUAAGUUUCACAAUACUUCUUUAAUGAGGGGUGUGCGUCCGUAUAUGUGUGUGUGUGUGUUUUCUCGUUCAUGUGUGCAUGUGAGCAAGUGCAUGUGAUUUAGAGUAUGUGAUGUGGGGUGAAUGUGCUAGUGAGUGGGUUUGUGCAUGUGUGUGGGGGUGAAUGUGUGUAGGAUAAGUGUAUAUGUCUACGUGUGUGUAGUGUAUGUGUGUACAGGAAGUGUGUGAGUGUAUGUAUGUGUGUGAUCUUCUAAGUCAAGUUACAACGGUCUGAAAUCUGAGUAUAUCUGAGUAUUGUGUUUUAAAACUAGUGAUCAAGAAAGAGGCUUUAUUGUCUCUGGGAUUGAUUUUAUAUUGAAGAAGGAUGAUUGACACAAUAAUCAUAUAUCUGUUUAUGCUUUAAUCAGGUUAGUCACUUUCAAUUAUUAUUAAUAGUAAAUGUUCCAAAAAGUAUUUGAAGUAGUUUAUAAUUGUAAAAUACAUGUAAAAAUAGGACAGUUAUUUUUGAAAGAUAACAAUUCCUAAGAGAAAGAACCACAUCAACUGUACUAGAGUGUACAAUCUCACUCUGUGGGUGAUGUUAGAAGGUAAUUCUGAGGUAAGUUCCACAGAUGUCUGUGAGGAAGGAACAUGUGCUUACGUGGUAGAGGACUGCAGAGGACUGUGUUCAGAAGACUCCAGACUUCAACCAAGGCGUGUACUGUACUUUUGUGCACUGAACUCUUCUUAGUCAAAAGGGUUCAUUUCAGAAUAACAAGCACUUGUUCUUUUUAGUGGAGAGGAUGUCUGUAGAGUGACUUGCUUUUUUAUGGUCACCCUGCUCUGAGCUGCCCUUAGCCUUACGUUCUGUAGCCCAUGUGCUUCAAGACCACAUCUGUGCGCUGUCGAACCUGAGCCAGCUGAGAAAGAACUUCCAUGUCAGUUACUGAGUGCGGCUUUGUUGGUCUGAGCAAGUGGGACAAUUGGAAGCUGUAUCUGAGCACAGAUACCCCAGGGACCAGGACACUGAGAAGCUCUUAGAAGGAAAUCGUUUUUAGACUGCACAAAGGGCCUGAGGUGACCCUGUCAGGAUGUUUGUGCAGGAGUUUGCUGGGAAAAGUGGUCCACGGCCUUGACCAACCUGUGAGGUGGCGGUAGAGGAGAGUAUGAACGCAGGGACUGGCCCAUCUUUAUCUUUUGUUGAUUGUACAGAGCUAGAAAAAAAUUAGUUUGCCGAUUCCCACAGGAAAACCUCCCCAGUGGAUACUGUCAUCACAGUGGUGACCUAACACUGAACCGCAGACAAGGAGAUGGGGAUUUCUUCAGAACUUGACUUCACAAAAGGCUCACAGUAACAAACUUCAAUUUAGGGGUUCUUGGAUUAUUAUAUUAUAGUGCUAGAGGACUUUUUGGAAGCACCCAUUUUAAUUUCCAGUUAUAAUCACUAAAAUUUUAUAAUUGAUAAAUACAGCAACACAGGGAGCAAAGAUACUUAAGUUAGACCUAAGCCAAAAUGUUUUCAGAGUCUAAAAAUGGGUAAAACUAACAUCAACAGAGGCAGAAACUCAUGAAUAUUGUACCAUGAAUAAAAACCACUUUGUUCAGGUAGCUAUAUGUGAUAACAUGGUAUACUGCCUCUCAAACAUGCACCUACCAAGCUUGCUAAAAAUGUGUUUUUGGUAGGGUCAACAGUUUUUCAACAGCCACAACCAUAACCACUCAAAAGCAGAAUAUAAAUAUUUAAAUAUGCUUGGGAACUCAAAGGUUGGCUCAGUACUUAAAAGAACUUACUGCUUUUGCUGAGGACAUGGGUUCAGGUCCCAGCACCUGUGGCAGGUGGUUUACAACCUUCCGAACUCUAGCUCCAGGGGAUCUGCUCCCCUUCCCCCUCCCCCCCCCAGUCUGGAAUCUGUGCGCACCUGCACUCAGAAUGUUUAUGCACCCCCCCCCCACACACAUAGACACAUAACUAACAGUGAAAUACAUUUAAAUAUACAUAGCAAGCUGGACAGUGGGGCCAUGACAUAUCUCACUUCCAUUUUUGUAAUGCUUCAAGAGUCUAUAAUUAUUCCAAAAUAAACGGAUUUUUAGAAAGCAAACCUAAUAGAGUAAGUUUAUCACUACUUACAUAAUCUCUAUCUUAAAAUUUAACACUGCAGACCUAGUAUAUAGUUCCAAUUGAGAACUAUAUUAUAUAUUAAUAUUUUUUUUAUUUCAUUCUUGAGUUUAAAGAAAAAGCAGUUUAGGUUUCUAACAGAUGCUUCCCUGAAGAUCUCCCUUGCCUUAUGAGAAUGUUUCUAACAACCUCACACCAAAACUCACUUUCCAUUAAAAUAUCAAGAUGCUUAUGAUUUUAUGUGUCUAAUGUGUGUUUUCCCCUAUGGCAGCCGAGUUCAUAAUUGAGGGCAAGAUACUUUAAGUCCUCUCCCCUGGCUGGGUGUGGGCUUUCCUCUUUGUCUGCUGUUUGUGUCUCUCUGUGUAUUCAUAGUGUGGACCUUGUGCACUGACACCACCCUCUGUUGCAGAAGGUGUGACACAGCCAUGCACAUUUUUUUUUAAGCUCAAAGGGAGUUUGUAAUUGACUUUGUGUUGUCCUCAUUAUUUUUAGAGUUGAAAUCGUGAGUAGAGUUGAAAUUGUGAGCAGAGCCACAGAGAUCAUCUGGGCUGAGACAAUGUUCUUGGUAAAAUCAGAUGUUUGUCUCCCCACCCCUGCUUCCGCUGUCGUUCAGUUAUGUGAAGUUUAUAUUUAUUUCUUAGUGUUUCCGUGUUUCCUAAACAAACUUUAAAGACAUUCAUGGUUGCAUUAAAUCACAGAGCAGUCGUCCCACCCUGGAAGGGUUAACUGAAGCCUCGCUGGAUUUCAGAGCACUGCUUUUCAUGAUGGAAAAGCCAGGGUGACCUUUGUUCUUUGUUUUUAAGUGUUUGUAAAAUAGUUCAGUGUGGAAGUUGCUUUUAGGUGUUGUAAUCUCUGGGAGCCCAGGACGCUUGUUUUGCACUCAGGACUGUUGUGUCCAAAACAAAUGAGGACUCUGGGAAUUUAAAAGGCUUAAAAAAACAUUUUUCCAGAAAAACAGUCCAUGGAUUACUUAAAAGAAUUAACAUUCUUGAACAGCAACAUGUGAUAAAAGGGAAGCUGGAGCUGAUUGCUUGUGACUAGUGAGGGUGUGUUGUGAUGGAGGAUUGCUUCAGCAGAAUAAACGAGCUCCCUUCAAAGGGGAAAAGGUAGUUACUUUUAUGCCCUCAUUAUUAUUAAUUUGAAGUUAUAAGGUAAAAACAUUUAGUUUAUUCAAGAGCAGAUUCUAAGAGGAUAUUUGGCAGAAUAUAUUGUUCUAAUAAGUUUGGAAAAUGCUGGAUUGUGCAAAGCUGACUUGCUGUAGGCUUUUCAGAACCUUUGAUGUGUAAAUGUGUGGUUUUGGUUUCCAGCUUCAGAGAUGUUUUAUUUUAUGAGCAAAGAGGACAGUGAAGCAGGCUUCGUGCAGGCGCAUGUGGAGGGGACAGACUGAACAGGGCUAUGGGCAGGGGUAUGCUCAUCUCCCAAGAGGGACUCAUGGUCUCCACUACGUACCACCAUUUCAUAUACCACUUCCCUGACUUAUUUUACUGAGGACUUCUAAAAAGUAGGUGUUUUAUGGGAUCCGUGUUCUGAGAAAUUUACUUAGGGGAACAUUGGGUAUUUUGUUCUUCGUGCCCAUUACAAAGUUUCUGCUUUGAGUGUUUCUCUGGUGAUGGUAAGGGUAGCUAAACAGGCUUCAUUUCAUCCCAGAGUAUACACCAGCUCACAGGGAGCCUACGGCCUUUCGUCAGCCUUUGCAACACAUAGACACAGUUGCAGGCUCAGCACUCCAGGGCUUGGAUGUACAUUAGAAGCACAACUUGCCGUUGUGUUCUGAGUGCUGGUGUAAUGGCGAGCAGCCGACCACAUGAAAAGCUCUCGGAUCUUAGCUCUGAGGCUUCGGUUUUCCUCUCAAAGAUCAGAGCAGUGCCUGCAAUCAUGUAGUUUACAUAUCCUUGGCCAUCACGGGACGCGCCCUGCCAGAGCGAGUGUGCAACAGCCUCAGAGAGUCAUUUGAGAAGGAGAAGGCCAUUCUGGUGCCCUGUUCUUUGGUCCAUGGGCUGCUGGCGUCUUGAUCUGGUGGAGGAGGGGUAUGCACAAGCCUUUAAGCGCAUAAAGAUGAUUUGGGUGUUUCUUAUAUCUUAGUGUUUUGUAAAAUAGAACCUGUCUUUAAGUGAGACUGAAGUUUUGUAGCUUCACUGUAGCUUUCUCGAAGAUCAACAGAGAAAAGGACAAGAACUACGCAUAAUGUUUAUUGGCUCCAUCUCCCAAGGCAGUCUCUGGAUGGGAAACAACUUAAACAUCUGUUCUAGCGUGCAAAUCCUAUAAGCAGCAAUGUCGGCCAUGGCCUCAUAUUCUAGCCUUGCCUACUGUGAAUGUAUUUUCCCUAAAGCUGAUGUAGAAAUACCCAGAAGUGGAAAUGAUGGUCAUUGUUAAGAAUUUAUUCUGAUAAAUGAGAAACUGGAUAUAAAAUAGCUAUUUUCUCAAUAAAAUUUAAAAUCA